GAAAGACAAACAACACGACCGUGCGAUGGCGGGACCCAAGGUGGAUUCUGAUGGACAUUAAGUGCGAUGUCCUUCGAUCCUCAGGUCUUGGAGGCUUGUGGGAAGCGUUGUGGUGUGAAAGUCCUCUAUGUUGACUUGGUGACCGUGCAAUUUGAGGAGACAGAAGUGGAUCCGGGUGCUUUGGAAGAUGCAAAGAGCGCAGGUCCGAAGUAUGGUCCUUCAAAGAAAGCCUAUGUCUGUGUGGGUCAGUCUUCUAUCUGCUUGCUUUCGAGCAGUCUGUCCAGCAAAGAAAAGGAUGGCCAGAUUGAGUAUGCUUGGAUCAAAACGCUCCUGAUAGACACCAGCAGCAGGACCAAAUUAGUGGUCACCCUCCAGGACACCCGACCCAAGGGCUCGUCUUUUACGGUGGAGUCCGACAUGCGAGACCAGCUGGUGUCGCUGAUCUCUGCGAACUUCGUGGCGGACAGCCUGCACCGUUUGGGCACUUUGCAGUCGCUGCCUACGGAGAAAUAUGACCUGGGCACCAGCCCUGCACCCAACUGCAUCGCCCCGCCAAACGGCUUCAAGUGUGUCACCUUCCAGAACUACAGCUUCUUCAUCAGGAAAGACUUCAAGGAUGUGGCAAAUGCAGUGUCCAAGGCCCAAACUGGACACUUCUCCAUUCCGGUAGGGAAGCUGACGGGAGAGAGGUCAUGGUUUGGGGGCCGUCAAGGCCAUGGCGAGCUGCUGGUGAACGUGGUCGACCCGAUGCCUAUCACGGAGCUGCGUCGCAUGGGCCGGGAGCACGUGCGCUGGGUGGCGCUGGAGUGCAAGCAAGCACUGCUGAAGUCCUGGAACACACUGGUGGUGCACAACCGCCCGUACAUGAAGAAGAUGAACUUGGCGAAUGACCUUGCCUUGUGGAGCUGCUGGGAGCUGGUCAUCGAGGAUGAAGACUUCCACUGGGCCAUCAUUGUCCUCAGGCGGAUGUACCUGCCUCCGCUCUUGGACACAGUGCAGGACUUCAUCCUCGCCUUGAAGUGCCCCGCACCGGCACCGCAGGAUCGGCUCUUGCAGGAGAUCGAGUUCAUUGCCGACAGCUUCAGCCCGCCCCAGAACCCCAGCCUCAACCCAGACAUCAUUCAGGCCAAGCUGGAUUCUUUGAUCUUCGAUGACGAGGCCUACACCUGGAUCUACAACAGGUUCUGGCUGUGGCCCGCGGGGCAGCGCAACUUGGACAAGUACGCGACCAUCUUCGUGAAGGGUGUUGUCAAGAGCCUGCACAACGAACACGUGCUCAGCUCCCUGGAGAUCCUCGAGGAGAUCGAGAAGAAAACAUCAGAGGUCUGUGACAGCCGCGCCGAGGUGGACCUGGACCCUCUGCAAGUCUUCAAGAUUCUGAGUCAUCCCGGUGAGGGCAUCCCGAGGAAUACCUCGAAUGUCGAGUGCCUACACGCCUGGCAAGAACGCGUGGCGCGCUAUCUAGCCCACCAGCUAGAUGGCGGCAUACUUGGCCCCAAGAUGACCUUGGGUCACCUGGUUCAGGGUGUGCACAAUGGCCAUGUUCCGCAGGAGACUGCCAGGGUCUUCGAGAACAUUUUGGCCUCGUUGCUGCACCUGCGGUCGGUGGACCUUCGUUUGCCUUGGGAGCUAAAGGUCAUCACGAGCCAGAUGCUGGGGCUUGGCUUGCUGAGCAAGCACGUCCGCACAGAGGACGGCCCUCAGGGUGUCCAGUGCAUGUUCCACGACAAUGUUAUGCAGGUCUUGCUGGAGUCGGGGUACAUGAGGACAGAGCUGGAGGAUGAGGAUGCAGGUAAGGGAUGCAUGAGCAUGGAGUACUCGUACCUGCUCGCGAACUUGCUGUCCUGCGACGCGUCCUCCACAAACCUGAAGGCCUGCGUGUGCCGACUCAUCAUUGCGGACAAGGAUGUGGGCGUGAAGGGCCAGUCCGCAGUGCUGGCCAGCGGCCUCAUGCAGCUCAUGGAGAACGGCUCGAGCUUCCUCAUGACGUACGCAUCCGCGGCCAUGGUGAAUCUGUGCCAAAGCCAAGAGGUGGUCAGGAGCCAUCUUAUCCACAACGAGGUCAUCCCCACGUGCAAGCGCAACAUCAGGAGCAAAGACACGGAGCUGAUGCUGUACUCCUUCAUGCUGCUGGUGCAGCUGACGAGGAGAUCCAACCACAGAGCCGCGCUGGAGAAAUUCGGCAUUCUGCAGCUUUGCUGCGAUGUGCUGCAGAACAUAUACGAGCAGGUAGAUUCCAGGUGGCGCGUCAUCGCAGAAGUCUGUACCGUCAUUGGGCACUGCUGCACGGAGGAGGGGCCGCUAAAGCUGGCCUCUGAGAACAAGGUGAACAAGUACCUGCUGAAGAUCAUGGCUGCCGUGCUUCCGCCUGGAGGCCUUCCGGAGCGGAGCAUCAGGGUCCUGAGCAAAGCGCUGCCCGCCAUGCAGAAUUUGUGUUCGCGGGAGAAGCAUCGUGACGAGGUGUGCGACAGCCCCGUGUUGGCCAAGCUGGUGGAAGCCCUAGCUCGCAAGGACAACCUGGAGCACCAAGACUUUGCUUCAAAUGUGAUCAAGAUGCUGACCGUGCUCUGCCUGAGCAGGAGGACGUGUGAGAGAUUGAAGGUUGCGGGCUGGGGCAAAACCUACGAAGCUCUGAUCACAUCUGACCUGGCCAGCCAAGACGUCAUCCGCGAAAGGAUCCAGUCCAUCCAGAACAGUGUUGCCUUGAAGAAGUAGAUCGCUGAGCAAUGUUUCAGCGCGCGAGUCACCCCGAAGGGGCUCCGCAAAGAGAUCGCUUUUGCACGCGAAGGGUAG